GCAGUUGAACUGGUUCAGUGAUGUCGACUCCGAUGAGGACUGGGAUGUGCCGGAGGUGCCGAUGGAGCCGUUGGAAGUGUUCAAACAUAGAAAGGUAGACGUCUGGGUUGGAGGAAACGGGCGCCCACCAGGAAUGCCGGCUGCUCGGUGUGGGGUGAGGGGUGAGGGGUCGGGCCGCCGAGGACUCGUCCGGGGUCGCCAGAUGAGCGGGGCCGGACAGCACCGGGUCUCCGGAGGACGGCCCGGCUCACAAUGACCCUCUCAUCUGGUCCAAUAAGGAGAGCAACAGUAGCACCCAUCUUAUUUUGAAGAGGACAAAAUGUAUCCGUGUAAACCCUAACAAUUGACAGCCGCCAAGUAGAUGCUCGUGAGCGCCAGGCCCCGAUUUUGUGUGUCUUCUGAAACUUUGUGGAGUGUGAACUCAGGACCUGGGCGCUGUCCCUCGGCUCUUCAGCUCAAGGCUAGUGCCCCACCACUUGAGCCACAGCACCACUUCCUCUACCUUUUCGGAUGUAGUAUAUAUACUCCAUAGACUUUCAGGUAAGUUGCAUAUAUUCCUGGAUCUAUCCAGAGAUCCCAGAUUAAUGUCCUAUUCUUCCACAUUUUGCAGGAGACAUCAAGAGGCAAAAUGAAGUUUUGGAGGAACAUCAGAACUUUAAUUAAGCUAGCAAGUGUUCAAAAUGUGAAGGAGCUGACCAAAGUAAAAAAACCUAGGACUGUACCAGCUUGCCAUGGAUAUCAUAACGAUGAUCCGAGUGUGUAAAAUGUUUCGUCAGGGCCUCAAAGGAUUCCGGGAAUAUCAAAUCAUUGAGGCUGCUCACAGAACGCACCCUAUCUUCUCCUUCUGGGAUAAAAAGAAGCAAGGCCGAAUCACAUUUGAUACCCUGGACUUCAUUGCAGAAGAGGGUCACUUCCCUCCAAGGGCCAUUCAGAUUACACAGAAAAAGCCUUCCUGGAGGACAGAGCAGGAGAUCCAGUCCCUCUGCAACCUCCUUCAGGUUAUGGAUAGUUACCGGAACUAUGAUGAGCCCCUACAGAUGCUUCUUGCCAAAGUCACACGCUUUGAACGGUUUGGUCGAAGGCGUGUGAUCGUCAAGAAAGGACAGAGGGGUAACAGCUUUUAUUUCAUCUACCUGGGCACAGUAGCAGUGACUGAUGAUGAGGAUGGCAGCAGUGCCUUCCUAGACCCCCACCCGACAUUGCUGCACAAAGGCUCCUGUUUUGGGGAAAUGGGCCUUCUGAGUACAGCAGUAAGGAGGGCCACAGUGGUCUGCAUGGAGGAAACGGAGUUCCUGGUUGUUGACCGUGAAGACUUCCUUGCUAAUCAGCUGGAUGAGGAAGUUCAAAAGGAAUCUCACUAUCGGUUUAGCUUUUUUAGGAAGUUAGAUCUAUUUAAUUCUUGGCCUGAUGAGAAACUCUGGAAGCUUGUCCCUAUGGGGAAGGUAGAGAAGUUUGCUUAUGGGCAGCUGAUCACAAAAGACUUUGCAGACUCAUCCUUCCUCAUUUUUAUAUGCAAGGGCAGCUGUGAAAUCUUGAGGCUGGUAGACCUUGCCUCCUCACUUUCCUAUUACAAGUGGAUCUGGCAGUGUCUGGAGCUGAUAGACGACAGACCUCUGAGGGCUCACCUCAAGGAACCAUAUCCUGAGAAGAGAUUUAAAGAAUUCCAGAUUAAAUCAUAUCCUCUACAGGACUUCACUGCUUUGAAACUCCUACAUCUCCAGAAAGCUUGUGAGCAAGAGGGGACAAGUUUAAAUGAGAGGUUCCAAGACCCAGAAAAUACUCUGCCAAAGAUAAUGGGCCCUAAGAUCAGAUCCAGGUUUCCUUAUCCAAUCAAAUGUUCUAUGGUCAAUACCAAGUUUGGUGAGCUCCCCAAGGAGGCUGUAGUGGGGGUCUAUAUGAAAGUCCAUACUGUGGAAGAAGGAGAAACUGUGGGUUUUCACCAGGCCUUCCUCCCAGGGGCCCAACGUGACUUGCGACCCAUGGGUCUUAUGAGCCUAGGAGCUGAGCUGAUACGGGUGAGAAGAGAAAAAUUUUGUGAAUUGAUGGAUAAUGAAACAAAAGAAAAAUUGUUAAGUACCGAGAUUGACUACCCCAGUGAUGAAGAGUUAUGCCAGAGGUUCCUCAAGGAGAACAACUGGAACGUCUUUCGGAAGGACCUGAUACGGCUGCUUGUGGAAUCUCAACAAAAGCCACCAUUCAUCCCAAGCUACCCCAGGAAGAAAGAGAUCUACAACCCAAAGUCUUUGAUCCUGGAUUUGUGUAACAUCAAAAAAAGGAGUAAGCCAUGUCGCCCAGUGUUUAUGGCAUCCCAGAAGUACCUUCCUCCGUUGCGAAUUAUCCAGGCCAUCUCAGCACCUCGGCAUAAAAUCCAAGAACUCCUGCCUCAGUAUAAGAAUGCAGGGGUUCUUAUUUAGCACUAAUAAAAGAUUUUGUUGUAGUGGC